AUUGCAGAAGCCGAGAAUUUGCGAAAAAAUAUUUUUUUUACCUUUUGGGUUGAAACAAAGAUUUGUAAGAUGUCAUGCUAUGGAUGUGGCAGUACAUUUAGCGCAUUUAAAAAAGAGCAUGGUUGUAAGAACUGUGGAUUUUCAUUCUGUAUGAAAUGCAUGCCAAACAAGUACCCUAUAGCGAAGAUGAACAACGAAAAACACAGAGUUUGCAUGAAAUGCUACAAUAUUCUAACUGGAAAAGUUAAGCCAAAGGAGGAGAAUCCUGCAAAAUACUCCCCACCAGAAAAUUACAAGAAGAGAAUGGCGGCAUUAGAAGAGAGAGAAGCUGGGGGUCACAGGUCAGGGGCCACAGGGAGCAAACCACAUGGUAGACAUGGGGUAGGGACUCACAAAGCCCAGACCAAGGGCAUGUCAAAAGCAGAUGUAGAAAUACAGGAGAGAUUGGAGAAACUGAGAGAAAAAACACCACAGGAGAUUGCAGCUUCCAAGGUGACAACACACGAACUAGACAACAGAUUGGCAAAAAUGAAAGGCAUGGAUCCUUCAAGAUACAACACUUCUAAUAAACCUGUUUAUCAUCCACCAGAUAGAAGGACACAGCAAGAACAAAUGAAUGACCUUUUAGAUGAAAUAAGCAAUGAAGUAGAACUUGACUCCCAUCUUCCAGAUCCGGCACAGGAGAUUGCUGCUAGACUGGCUAAAUUGAAACAGCCUGAGCCUGUGCCAGGUAACUUGCAAGCAGGCACUUCAGAAAAAGAUGAGAACAAUUUAAAUAAGCCAUCAAUGAGAGAUUCGCAGACAUUUUCUCACAACAUUUCAACAUCUGGCUCUCAGACUCCCAAUGCCAAAGCAGAGCAGAAAACAUCACAGUCACAGGGCGAGCAGAAACCUGCGGGUGAUGAGGAAGGGGAGGCAGUGAGUCCAGAGGAUGUGAGUAGGAUCCUCAAUGAGGCAGCACUGGAGCUGGAACAGGAUGCUCAGAAAGCUCUUAAGGACCUACAGGAGGAUAAGGAGAUUAUGAAAAAAUUACAGGAAAUCAAACAACGGAGAAAAGAAAGUUCUUCAGACGUGAACAAAGAUGAAGAAGAGGCAGUCUCUGGCAGUGAGAAUGAGGAGGAUGAGAUUGUAGCACAGUCAAUAAUACGCCAGGCUAUAGAAGAGAACAAGCUGGAUGAGGCUGCUGCUAGAGAUGGUCAUGAUACAAGUAAAAUCUCCGAAGAGUCUUCAAAAACUGCCAAAAAAAUAAUAAAUACUGAUGAAGAGUGGUAUGACCCAGAUGAGCUGCCAUACUGUUGUAUUUGUACCGAGGAUGCCACUGUGCGAUGUUUAGGAUGUGAUAGAGAUCUGUACUGUAACCAGUGUUUCAAAGAAGGCCAUAAAGAAUUAGGACUUACAGACCAUGUCACACUGAAAUACACUCCACCUCAAGAUGUGAAAACGUGAAGAUUGCACUGACAGGCUUGUCAUUACCCAUCUGUGAUAUAUUCAUUUUGUUGUUGCAUGCUUGUUAUUUACUUAAGUGUUUACUGUUAGCAUUUAUAUAAAUGAAAUGCUUCAUUUCCUUGCAUUUCUGUAUUUGUUACAUUUGAUCUAUGCUAAGAUCUGGCUCUAAUGUUACAAAACUUGAAUUUAGAAACCAGUCUUAAGAUUUAAGACUUUUCAUUGGUCAGUUUCAAAAUCAAGCUCAGAAUCAACCAAUCAAAUGCUGGGGUAUUGAGACUGGUCAUCAGGUUCAACUUUUGUAACCUUGGAAUAUCAUUUCUCUCAAAGGAGAAUUAUCACAUAUCAUAAAUUGAUUAGCCUAGAAAGUACUUGGUUUUGAAAGGAAAAUAGGAACACAUUUUUUUGGUUAUGAUUCUGCAUGUUCUGGAGAGCAUACACACUGCAAAAACUGAUAAAUACAUAUCGGAAAAUAGUAUUCUAGAUAGCUUUUUGUGUUUGUUUCAUGUAACUUCUUCACCUUUAUGACAAUAACAAAGUUAAAAUAAGCAAAUUAAAAUGAGAAUUCAGCAUAUUGGCAAAAACCAUGUUCUGAAUUCUAAUUGACUAUACUAUGCUGUAUUUAUAGCAUUAUUGCUUUCUGUCAAGUGAAAAAAAAAGAAUAAAGUAGUAGAAAACACACAAAUUUCAAGUUGGGAGUUUUCAUACUUAAGGGAGAAAUUAGAAGUCAUAUAGAGUCUUAAAAAGUGUAUCCAAGAUAUAGGUUACAGAAAAUACAUAAUGUUACAGUCAUUGAAAAAAUUCCUAUCACAAAAUGCUUAAUCUUGAUCUGUGGCUUUGACAUACAUAUUAGCUGUUAUAGAUGUGAAUGUGUUGAUUCACAUUUAAUUUAGAAGUUAGAUAAAUACUUGUGUGUUAUAAAUAAGUACUUCCUGAUCUGUUAAUGUGGACAAAGUAAUUGUGCAUCAUUGGUUAAACAAAAUUCAACAUGUACUAACUUGGCAAUGCCUUUGUGACUUCUUUGUAUUUUUUAUGCAGCUUAAGAAAGCACUUCAUUUCUAGGAAUGGCAUUAUGUAGAUAUUAAUCAUACAAGUCAGGAAAACUAUAAUGUGGAGAAAAGAGUUCAGAGCUUAUUAUAACAGAAUGUAGUUAUUUAUAAUUAAAUCAAUCAUUUCUCAUUAAAUUAUAAAUUACGGACCACUAUAGGAAGCUAAUAGAUUUUCUAAUCAUUUGAACAUUUCAAGAGUUGUGGUGUAUAGGUGUCUUAUAUUAAAAUAAGAUGAUGCAUAGAUGGUAUUUUGUCAUUAAGGGAAACUUAAACAAUGAGCUCGGUGGUGUAAGGGAAUGACUGUAUUAAUUGACAAAUUUAGGUACAUAAGAAGUGUAUUAGAACCUUAAAAGUUGAUGUAUUUUGUUGGUAUGAUAUUAUGAUUUGGGCCCAAACUGCUAUUUAAUAGUAUAGUAAUAUGUGGUUUCCAGAUUUAAAAAGGUUAGAAAAUUUGGA